UUCAGUUGAAAAUUAAGUUCCUUCAAUUGCGCAACGAAAACACCUUUUUACCUGCUACGACAUUUUUUCGGAGUUUUCCAAAGUUUUAUUCCAUCUGAGGAAAAUUCAGAGAAAAUCUAGGGUAUAAUUAAAAAAUUCCGACACUAUUUUCACACAAAUCGUUGAAACCCCGGAGUUCCUCAUCAAAACUGAUAACAAGUUUUUAAUCAGUGGUGGGAGGAAGUGGUGACUUAUCCGAUUUAUUCUCGUACUUUAGAGGAAAAUGUCACUAUUCGCCUGUUGCAUUCGCCGGCGGAGAAAUUAUCGACAAGGAGAGCAGAAGGUGCCGAUUCCGAUGGAACCGCCACAAAUUUCCUGGGAGAAUACCCUGGGUUCACCAAAUGGAGUUCCUUUCGAUGAUGAAACGAAAGAGCUCGUGGGAGAUUGCAUGGGGGUCCCAGUGCCUCCACCAGUGAAUAUUCUCACGAUUAUAAAAAAAAGUGAUGGAUUUCCCAUUCAAUUUCCCAUAAAGACAGUGCAGUGCGCUGCCCUGAGGGCUAGAGGAAUCAGCGAAGACAUCCUCGAGUUUAACGCGAAUUCCGCGUAUCCAAUAAUUCACGAGGCGAUGCUGCCUUUGAUUGCUGGAUGGCUGAAGCAUAAACGGGAUCAUGGGAGUCACGUGGAGAGAACCCUCUACAGGAACAUGACCCUGAUGAAAUUCAUUCAAAGAUUGUUGGAGAAGAGGGCAGUGGAAUUUUAUGGGGGUGAGGAUCGAUGGAGAUUGAUUGAUAAUUCAAGUGGUGAAGGGGGUUGGGAGGCUGUGGGGACCAGUCAGGAAAAAGAGCCAUUGAUAUUGGAACAUUGUCUUUCUUACGAUGAGAUCAAGCUCUCGGCGAUGAUGAUCCUCUCUUCGCACACGGAAUUCAUAAAUGACGGUGCUAGAGAUAAUCGAGGAGUUGUCAGUAAUGAUCCAGAUAGCUACCAGCCCCGAGGUGUCAUUAUGGGAGUAAUCGGCUCAAGGUUUGAAAGGGCUCAAGUGAUGGAAUACGAGGACAUGGUGAUAACUCCCCACCAAAAUAAUCUCGACAACGGGUAUGGACCUGCUGGAGAGGGAACGAUCGAUCAAAUCCGGGGUUUGCGCGUGAUUUGGUCGAGGUUCUAUGGAGAAGAUUAUCAUCCGACCUACGAGGAAGCAGUCAGACGUGUCAAAUCGAGGGACAACAAGCGAUACAUGGCCCUUCAUUCUCACAUGUUCUUUGACAUUGAGAAUUACAUGAAGCGAACACUCCUAUCAGUGGAAAUUCUACUGCUCGAGGCAAAUACCAGAGCCGAAAAGCAAAACACCACUGCAUUUUUACAUAUCGUUGGAUUUGGAUUAGGAGUUUGGAGACUGAUUGAGGACCAAGAAUCUUAUUUCCUGAAGACCUUCGAAAUCGCGUUGAAGAAAAUGAAUCGAAAAUUAAAAUACGUCUCAGACAUAAUGUUCGCCUACUUUAGGAAAGAUAAAUGUGGAGGGGCAGGAAAUGGAGAUUAUCUUGGAGACAUCAGAAUUCAUUUUGCUCUACGGGAGCCCCACAGCAAACUCUUCAGAGGCACCGAUGCUAACAAAUUGUUGGUUGUCACCUACGCCUGGGACGGAAAUGCUUAUCCUGGUAAUGAAUUUUGGAGAGGAUACCUGGAGGCGAGUGGAGAUCCAGCUGCUGCUUGCAGCAGUCAAAUUGCUGAGCUGCAGAACACGAGAAUCAAUCCCAGGGCAUGUGCAUCGAGUCUCCACGUGGCAUCCCCGGAACACGGACUUCUUCACAUAUCGGAGUAUGCACGCCUCCAUUUUGCUUAGGAUAGGAUGAGCCCAACGGGCACAGAGCGUCGGUCUUCCCGCUCCCCUCGGAGCACCAGGAGUCGGUCCGCCGACGUCGAUCGUCUUCG